AUGUCAAAGACUCAACCCUCCCACGAACGGGCCGUCCUCGACGUCAUCGAGCGCUUCCGGGAAUGUCAAAAUCUCAUCCCGACCGUUAUUCAACACCUUCGGGCGAUGGAGAACAUGGCGCGGCAGCGGGGUUGCCUCGAAGGGGCCUCCCGACGGCAUCAACAGACGUGUUCGCACUCCCUCCCUUCGCCAACCCCACGGAGGCGUGGCGAAGGAGAAAAAAAGGAGGUGGUGAACCAAAAUGGGGAAAGGGUAAACCCCAAGGGUGAAUCCGCUUUUUCCCAUUCCAAAGCGUGGAUAGACGGGGUAAUCCCCCCGGUGGUCGCGUGCGCGCCGCCGCUCGGGGUGCUCAGCGCGUUUCCCGUCGCCGUGGUGGAGCUCCUCGUCGGGGAUCAGCAACGCACGCAGGAGCGGCUACUCAAAGCGAUCUCCGAUACCAUGCAGACCUGGCAGCGCAAGGUGGUAGCCUGUCGCCAAGGUCUCGAGCGAAUCGAGGGCGCUUCCCCACCUCACAUGGACGAUUGUGCGCGACGGAGGGGGUUGGGAUCGCGUGCGCAGCUUUGCAUAGGCACCUAUGGCCUUCUCGCCGCGUUGAUUAAGAUGGAAAGCGUGCUGCAAGAAAGCGUGCUCGCGCUCCGGCGGGAUCUUCACCGAGGGGAAGGCCACUCCCCCGCGGCGGCGCUCUCGCAGCUCCUCCAGAGGGAAUCAAACGAGGCGGAUGCACCUCCUCGCCCUGCAACUGGGUUGGAGGUUGGGCAGGAAAGCGUGGAAAACGUUUCAUAUGAGCUCUAUGCAUCGACGUAUAGUCUCCUAGAGGCACUCGAAAAGCUACCGGAGCUUGUGCGGAAGAUGUGGGAGCAUUCUAAACGGGUGUACUGCACGGAGGAAUCACUAAUUCUGCUCGCCUCCUGUAGCUAA